CGGUGCAUGCAGGUGCAUGUGUCACUCUGUUUCGAUGCUGACGGACUUAUCGAAAAAUGAGCGAAAUAUCAAGUUGGGAAGAUAUUGAAAACGAUAAGUUCUUUAAACAGCUGUUGGAUGUUGAUUUCAAAAAGACAGAUGUUGUUGAGCCAUUGUUGUCGGUGGCUCAACAAUUAAACAAAUUAGGACAAGCUAUCGAGGUGCUGAAUGCCGAGCUGCAAAGGCAAGUACUUGCGAAUCACGAAGAUUUACUAUCUCAAGCAACAUGGGUGGAGAAAUUAGAAGGAGUGCUUUUUAUAAUGCAGUCUCAUAUACAAAGCCUCUUGUCGGCAGUGGAGCGAUUGCGUGGCAAGAUUAUCGAUCCAUUUAAUAGAAUUGAAAUGCAAACGAUUGUACUAGCACGGCUUCACGAAACCUCCGAUCUUUUAAGAAGAGUUUCUAGGAUGCAACAUUUGUCGAAACGUUUAAAUUCUCAAAUGAGUAGCAUUACUCAAGGGCCAGAUAUCGUUAAAGCUGCUAAUAGUCUUCACGAGCUUGAACAAUUAAUGGCAGACACGGAUCUUAACGGCCUAGAUGUAAUCGCAGAUGACCAGCAGGCUGUAAAGACUCAGAGAGCUACAGUACAAAGAAUAGCCACUCAUACGUUAACGCAAGGUUUACAGACGAUGGACAGAACGAAGGUGAGCACGGCUGUGCAGGUCUUUCAAAACUUGGGAAUAAUAGGCGGCGCCGUAGACACAACUAUAGACUCUACCCUGGCUGAAAUAGAAAGAAUUUCCACAGAAUCGUUAGAUGUAUCUUUGGUGACGAAUCAGGACUUUGGGAAACGCGGAGCGCCGGGCAGAGCUACGAUUCCGUCGCCCGGAUCGUCCGGGAAUUUACGCACGAGAAUUUGGGAAAAUCUCGAACGUCUUUUCCAAGAUACUUUAUAUACGCACUGUCUGCAAAUUGAAUUGCUGCAAAGAGUAUUAUUGGAACACCAUAUGCAAGGGUUUCACGAUUUGUCCGAGAAAUUUUGGGACAAGGUAAACGCUCUUCUUGCAAAAGUCUUGAUUGAACGUGCUCAAGGAUCGUCAUUUGUAAAACAAGCCCUAGAAGGAGAGUAUCCAAAAUUUUUAAGAAUAUUUUUAGAUUUGAGUAAACGCUUAAAAGAGAGAUCUCACAGUAUUGGGAUUUAUGGUAUCGAGCGUAAUGUUUUAUUACCAUUCGAAAAUGCAUAUUUAUCGCGCUCGGUAUCUCGUCUUCUGGAUCCAGUUCACAAUAUGUUUUCUGGAGAAGGUUUGCCGACACACGACGAAAUUGACAGUCUCAUACGUAUGAUUACAAAUGAACUAAGCGUAUCACUGGUGGACGAUGGACUCUCGACCGUGGUGUCACGUAAUGUGGGAAAAGCAAUAAGACUGUUCUGCUUAAAAUGCGAGCAAAGUGUGGUGACCGGUGGCGAGGCCAGCCAAGUAAUCGAUUCCCCGACUACUGGUCAGCAGACAAAUGUCACGCUCGGCAAUCUUCUCCAUUAUCUUUCUAGCCAGACAAAUCGAGUAAUAGCUAAUCUGGCGGGGGGUUUACCCUCCGAAGGGAGCGUUGUCAUUACCACGGCGCUCAAGGAAACAGACGAAUUAACGAAGAACUUGCUCGCGCCGUUGUUAACUUCUAUUAGCGAUGCAAUCGAAAGUAUUAUUUUAACAAUGCACGAUGAUCCCGAAUUUAGAGACACAAGCAGCCCUCUGGGAAAGGAAAUCGGUUGUUCUCUUUACAUGCGUGAAUUACAAGGCUUUAUUUUACGAUCCGUGAAUACAUUUUUACUACCGUACAAAAAUCAAGUGGUUGUAGCUGAAAGUUGUAAAGCUGUCGCGUCAAGAUGCAUCGAGUUAUUUGUGCGUCAUGCUUGCUUGCUGAGACCUCUGACUGAUUUUGGAAAAGCGAAACUUUUGGUAGAUUUUGCUCAGAUGGAAAUAGCUGUGACGCCGUUAUGCCGUGGUGGCCAGAUGGGUCUGCUUGAGCAACAGCAAUACAGAACUUUGCGAGCGCUAAAAACUUUACUUCCCCUCAAUCCUGAGGAAAUGGUAGACAAAAUUCUAGAAGGGCAGGGAGAGAGUAGCGUAUCGCCGUCCCUUAUUCUCCUGCAUCUGUUUUCUGGCGCGCCGCCUGAAUUAGCGUCACCGCAUCAGAGCGCUGGAUGGUCUGUAGGUCGAUUAUCUCAGUGGAUGGACAGCCAUCCGAACGAAAGAGACAGAUUAGCGCUGUGCAGUGGACCAUUGGAACGUUAUCAGUUAACAAUCCGUCAACAAAAUCUUCCAUCGUUUCACCCUCUCUUUCCACUGAUGAUGAAAUUAGCUAACUUGAGAGAACACUCAAGUCAAUAAAAUGUGUAUUGCAUAUAAAUAUAAUAUAAAAAAUUGUAUAUUUCUAAUAUAAACAUAUUUUUCCAAAUGUA